GCACCGCCGACAAGAUGAUGACAUACUGUGGGACAAGCUUUACUGCUUUAGUGACUUGAAACUUUUUUCAAUGAAAACAUGGGACGAACAUCCAGAAUUGGUAAACGGCGGAUAGAAAGUCAAUGUUUUCGCCCUGUUGUAAUCGACUCAAAUCCGGAAUUCGUUGAAUUGUGCAAAUGGAUGAGUGCAAAUAGGUGGAACGCUGCUUCAAAAGAUUGCUUAAAAACAAAACCAGGUGUGUUUAGUGACACUGGACGUGGCCUCAUGGCCAUGUCCAACUUAGCUCCAAAUAGCCUCAUAGUAAGAAUCCCUAAAAAUCUUCUUAUUACUAAAGCAAACGGGGACUGGGAGCAUUAUUUUGAAUCUAAUAGAAUGACAACAGCGGAAUGUUUAACUUUCUUCAUUUUGAUUUCAAAAAUAAAUGGAUUGUAUUCUUCCUACUAUGUCUAUUUGGCUUCGUUACACUACCUUUCUACUCUGUCAAAGAGUUUUUCAGUUGGAGGAUUAUGUGAGAGCCAAGAAGUGGCUGUUUUACCCAAAGUUCUUCGAGAUAAAAUUAUAUGCAACCAAAGUUAUGUUGUGGAAAAGUAUGAAACCCUUUUGGUAAUCUGGGAAAAAAAUUUUGGUCCAAACUUGACAUUGGAAAGUUUUCAAUGGGCUUGGUAUUGUGUCAAUACAAGAGCAGUUUUUUAUCAAGAUUCGGAUACAUUUAACGUGGACGGACUGGAGAAUAACAUGGCUCUAGCACCGUACUUGGACAUGUUUAAUCACGAUCCGCAUGUGGUCGUCGAAGCUCGUUUUAAAAAAAACAGCCAGUGCUACAAAAUACGCUCGAGUCAAAAGAUAAAGAAACAUCAGCAAGUGUUCAUCAACUAUGGGCCACACGAUAACCAAAAAUUGUUUUUAGAAUAUGGAUUUAUAACCAAAAAAAAUCCUCAUAAUGUGAUUGAAUUCGGAAUCAAUCUUCUGUUUGAUUUGUUCCCCGUCCAUACACUCCGUUUUGUUCCUAACCGGAUUGCUCUUCUCAAGCAGUUCUGUAAGGAUGGAAAUCUAUUUUACAGCGAAGAGGGCUUUAGCUGGAAUGCUCAAAUAGCACUGACGCUGCUUUCACGUGACGAUUCCCAGCUGUCGAGAAAGGGAUUUUCUAUUUUAGAAAUUAUACCAGAUAAAUAUCAAAUAAAAGUAUUUGGUAAGAAAGUAGUAGAUGCCUUAUUUCUAGAAUUCACCGAAAGCGUGAAUAAAAUGUCUCUAGUUUCUGGCAAUACUACUUCAAGCUUUUGGGUUGCCAAAACACUGGUAAAAGAUAUUCUGAAUGUUCUCAGUGCUUGCGUCUUGGACGCCGAAUAAAUAAUAAGUUAUGACAUCA